AUGGCCACAUCCGCUUCUUCUGCUGGCCUUGCGCCAGAUGCCGCUGAGCUCCAAGCCAGCCUUGAAUUACUAAGGUCGCAUGCGGCUUCUUCGCCUCCCGGUGAUAACCAGAGCGCAUCCGCUGAGGCCGCCGCUGCCUUGUCACCCCAUGGGUAUGGCGAUAUUAGCGCCGUCGCGAACCAGCAAGGGCGCGCCAGUGUCGACCCUCAGGUUCAGGCCCAGCAACCGAAGGAGGAGGAUUAUAUUCACCCAGACCUCCGGGGCCCUUCGUCCACCAUCAUCCCCACUGCGAAUCACUUGUCGCCCCCAGCCACGGGCAUCAUCCCCAGUAGCAACCUUCCUCUGCCACCUCUUCCGCCUGUCGACGUGUCUUCUGCCUCCAUUCCCGAUCAGCAAAUGUUAGCUCCGGCCCCGGCACCACCUGUGCAGGUGCCCCUUGGCCAACCCGAGGAGCCCAAGGACGACGCUGCCGGAAAUCGCCGGGGCAAGCGGGAGCUCUCCCAGUCCAAGCGCGCCGCCCAGAACCGAGCCGCCCAGCGCGCCUUCCGCCGUCGAAAGGAAGAGUAUAUCAAGAAGCUUGAGGAGCGCGUGGGUGAGGUCACGCGCUAUGAGCAAGCUUACCGAUAUCUUUCGUCGCAAAAUGCCAUUUACCGAGAAUACGUAUCUGCGCCACAGGAGGUGGCCCAACCUGAGCAGACCGAGCAGGACGAUAUCGAUGGUCAGGUUGCGAUGCAAGUGGAUGGUCUCGCCUAG